UGCCCACUUAAAAAAUGGCCGCCUUGCCUGACAUUGCUUAGCUGCGCUGUGCAUGCUGGUCUAGGAAAGUGACCCUGAACUAAAGGCGGACUGCUGUACAGACAGGAUCUUGGAGACUCCGGUGUAGUGUGCCAUCAUGUGGUAUGAGAUCCUGCCAGGCUAUGCCAUCAUGACCGCCUGCAUGAUGAUCCCUGGACUGUCUACCGUAUUAGUUCAUCGAUAUGCAUUCGGCAAGGACAGGAGAGUUGCUCGGUAUCCAUACCAAUGGUACCUUAUGGAGAGGGACAGGCGAGUUUCUGGGGAGCAACGCUGGUUCAAAUCAAAGGGUUUGGAAAAUAUUGACUAGAUGUGAACCACUGACAGAUCUUCUAUCUCACUGGCAACUGUUAAAUAUAAAUGUUAUUGACCAACAUUGACCAACAUUAAACUUAUGUACAGAGA